AAGUAAUUGGUGCUUGUGAUUAAAAUUGCAGUGUCGCCGGAAUAGACAAUCGGCCAUGCGUUUGCUCUAUUCAGACAAAGGCACCCACUAAAAAGGGAUUAUGAUGGUUGUGUGAAGAAGGAGUAGAGCCAGAUGAGGUGGCUCAGGCAUCUUCGACACCUCCCUGCCAAGGUUUUUCCAGUGACACUUUUCGCAGACGUCGACAACUACCUCUCGACGUGCUGCGGCAGAAAAGCGGCCAUGGCGAACGGCGACAGCCGUCCAACUUUGGACUCAUGGCUCAACCAGGCCACGGAUCCGAACAACCAGGAAGACAUGUGGGACUGCAUCCAGGCCUUUUCUCAAUUGGUCAACAAGGAGACUGAUGGUCCACAGGUUGCUCUCAGUCUUCUUGCUCAUAAAAUUCAGUCUCCCCAAGAAAAAGAGGCUCUUCAAGCUCUGACUGUUCUCGAGGCGUGCAUGAACAACUGCGGCAAGAAGUUCCGCAGCGAAGCAGCUAAGUUCCGAUUCCUCAACGAGCUCAUCAAGGUAUUGUCGCCAAAGUUCUUGGGUUCUUGGACUGCCCCGUCGGUCAAAGAUAAGCUGAUUCAGGUUCUUUAUGGUUGGACACUCUGGCUCAAAGAGGAAACAAAAAUCCAGGACGCCUACUCUAUGCUCAAGAAACAAGGGGUGAUAAAAAAGGAUCCCAAAUUACCAGAUAAAGUCAUAAUGGCCCCUCCACCACAGAGAGCCACAGACUCCGUUUUUGACCAAGGGGACAAAGCGACGCUCCUAUCCAGAUUAUUAAAAAGUGGACGCCCUGAAGACUUGGAGACUGCCAACAGGCUCAUUAAAAGCACAAUGAAAGAGGAGCAGGAGAAGGCAGAGAAAGCCUCAAAGCGUGAAAUGACUCUGAAGGCAGUGGAGAGUAGCACCAAGCAGCUCAGAGAGAUGUUGGACGAGCACAAGGAAGCAUCUUUCCUGCCCAUGGAUGAAUUGAAGGACCUGUAUGAGAGCUGCGAGCGCCUGAGGCCGAGCCUUUUUCGUCUGGCUAGCGACACGGUGGAUGACGACGAGGCUCUGGCGCAGAUCCUGGCGGCCAACGACGAACUCACCCUGGUCGUCAAUGCCUACAAGGAGCGAACCGGCAGGCGAGAAUGUAACAGAAAAAGUGAAGAAGCAGUGACAGACAUAAACAACACUUCCACAAGUCCCCGAGAGAUCAAGAGCUACCACCUCAUCGACCUGUCUGCCUUCGACUCACCUCAGACAGACAGAAAAGCCGACUCGCCUUCGUCCGUUCACUCCUCACCACUCUUCUCCUCUUGUCUGGAUUACACCGACAACUCUGCGGUUGAACAGAACCCUCCGCAAUCAGGCACGGAUUUACUUCUUCUGUCUCCAAAAUCGUAUUUUGACGAGCUAAUGCAGCUCGAUGGAGCAGUCGAGCCAACGAACAAGGAGAGGGGCCCCUUGCUGAGAGCCCGCGGAUGUGGGAAAAAUGUCUCUUCACCAAAGGAAAUUAACAUAUGGUCACAGGAUCAGCAGUUAACGAGUUUAGGAUCUUGUUCAAGUCACCCUCAACCACCAGCACCUUCGGAAGACUGGGCAUGUCCGCAACAGGGGCUGAAAAAUAUCUUUGUUCCCAUGGAGACCAUCAAGUCUAGUCAGCUGGAGCCCAUCACCAUCUACGACCACUGCGGCGUCCACGUCACACUUCAUUUCACCAGGAACUCGCCACCCGGUCAUCCUGACGUUGCCGUAGUGGUCAUCUCCACGGUCAACACUUCCUCUCUGGGAGUGAAAGAUUUCAUGUUUCAAGUUGCUGUCCCUAAGACCAUGUCGGUAAAACUUCAACCUGCGUCAACAACACACUUGCCUCCUUACAACCCCCUCCAGCCCCCGCCUGCCAUUUCCCAGGUCAUCCUGUUAGCUAAUCCACACAAGUGUAAAAUGCGUCUGCGCUACAAGCUCACUCUGACACACGGACACCAACAGUUGAAUGAGCACGGAGAGAUACAAAACUUGCCGGACUGGACGUCUCUGAUUGGCUGCUGAAAACGCCGCACACCUUUCUUUAUCACACUCGGUUUCACGGGCACUCUUUCACUCAAGAGCCUCAAAAUGACAAUGAAGUCUUACAUGCAUCACAAUCUUUGGACUUUUCUUCCUAUUUAGGUCAGUUGUUAGUUAUUUAGGUCAGUUGUUAGUUAAACUAUCUUUGCUUUUGAUACAUUUGCAACAUUUCCCAACAUAUUAUUAGGUUUGCUUUGGAAUUAAUCUUGACACCGCAGAUGCUUUUUGGUUUUUUUCUGAAAGGAUUUUGUUUGUUUUAUCCAAGACUUUUUGUGUUUCUGCAAUUGGAAUCAUUGGACCUCCAUUGUGCCAAUGCUUUAUUUUGCAUCUGAAGCCCUAUCUGACUCUAUUAAUCACUUACAGUGAAUAAAACAAGACCAGAUCAGUGUUACCCUUCUGAAA